AUGAGAAAGAGAUGGAGAGACAAGUACAGUGCAAGAGAAGCACGCCUGGAUGAUAGCCCUACUGACAUGCCGGUGAGUCUUCCUGGUGAUGAGCUUGAUGCCCAUGAGUUUGAUGAGGACUUCAACAAUCCUUUGCUUGCGUUGGGUGGAUCUUUUGAACCUUUGGAUGCUUCUGCUGGUUUGGAACUUCAUGAGCCUUCAGAGCAGGUUGAGGCCUCCUUUCCACCUUCUGCGCCUGUGAUGCCAUUUCGUACAGCUGCAAGUGACAGCCGUGUGAAGUUUGUUGACAAGAGUUUACCAUCUGCGUCUUCUGAACCGGCGAGAUUUGAGACGGUUGCAUCUAUGGCAUCACCUGCAGUUGUCUCAGAAGCUUUGCGGCUUACCGACAAGCGCCCAGUCCUUUACCCCUGGGAGAAAGGCAGGCUCAAACAGGGUGUCAACAACUUUGUCCAAGUUGGUGUUGCUGUUUCAGAUGGUUUUCAACUGGAUGCAUCAGUCUCCGUGCAAUAUGAGAGAAAGGAUGCAGCACUGUUUCAAUCCGUGGUCAAGAACAUCAUUGGAUGCACAUACAUGGAAGAGCGUGAGGCGCAGAGAGAACAUGCCAUAAGACAGUGGUGGGAUUUGCUGAGGUUGAACCUCAAUGCAAGCGAUCCUGGGAGAGCUGCGGUUCAAGAGACCGGUCUGUCCAAUGUCUUUCGUUAUGGGAUUGAGCUUCUGGACGCAAUAUUCGGCUUGAAAAGCCCCAACACGCUCUUGAAACGAUUGUGCAUUCUGAAGAUGUUCAACUUGUGGAUGAUUCGAAACUAUUCUGAAACGUGGCUUCCACUCGUUGAGCAGCGAGUUUGGGACUAUGUCAGACACCUACGUAACAGCAAGGCACCAGCCUCCCGAGCUGUCAGUCUGCUUGGGUCGAUUCGUUUUUGCUUUUACACCAUGAAGGUCGAUGGAUCACAGGAAGUUUUGGAAAGUUUGAGAAUCAAGGGCCUGGCAGCACAGAUCUAUGCCAGGAAGAAACCAUGGAGACCAUCUGAUGUCCUCUCCGUCAAUGAGGUGGAGUUCUUGCAUCUAUGCUUCAUGGAUGAGAGCAGAUGCGAUGUGGACAGGAUCUUCAUUGGGCAUCUUUUGCACAUGCUGUAUGCUCGCGCAAGGUUUAGUGACCUCUUGGCGGUGAUGGAGCUCUUCAUCGACGAGGAGGACGCCUUCCUCGAAGUGAGUGCAACCUUGCACAAAGGCGCAAGGAGCAUGGAUGCUCGCUCCAAGUUGCUGCCAAUUGUGGCACCUGCAGUUGGCAUCAAGGGUGGCAACUGGGCAAAAGCUUAUUUAGCCUUGAGGCUGAAAGCUGGUUUGAGGAGCCCAGGCAGUGAGGCCGUGCCGAUGCUUCUUUCACCCAAGCGGAGUGGUAUUGGCUGGGACGAUCGGUACAUCACUUCCAGCGAGCUCAACAAGUUCAUCAAAAGGCUCUUCUCAGAUGGAGGCAGGAUGAUUGCGGGUCGGAAGAUCACGACACAUUCCAUGAAGGCCACAGGGCUUUCUUGGUGCUCCAAAUUAGGAGUAGCCCAAGAACACAGGGCAAUCCUUGCCAGGCAUGCUACAAGCGUGCAAGGUGCGACUGUGCUGUACUCCCAGGAUUUGCUUUCCAGUGCAUUGCGCUCCUUCACAAGUGUUUUGGAGGCAAUACGGAAGCAGACCUUUCAACCUGACAAGUCGCGGUCUGGGAUGAUCACUCCGGCGGCCCACACUCCCGCUGGAGCUCCUGCAACUCCAUUUCCGAAAGGAUUGUUGGUGCCUGAUGGCAACUUCCUUGGCAGCAGUCAGUCAGCCGCUUUUGUUGCAACUGAGCAGUCGGAGGCAGCUUUGCACGGAAUGCAUCAGGGUGCGAUGGCAUCUGAGGCAGCCUUGGGAGAAAGGAAAGAGGGUUAUUCACCGGGCACGCCCAUUGCGUCACCGGAAGUGAAACUUGAGUUCACAUGGCCUGAGACCGCGUGGGACAACGGAGUGAUUGACCUGGAGGACCAGCAUGAUUUGCUUUCAGAGUGGAAUGAUGGUUCGGAAGAAGAAUCAAGCAGCUGUUCAGAUUCUGACAGUGAUGGAUCACUUGAUUGGGCAGAGCCUGAGGACUCUGCUGGUUGCAGGCAGCCUGCUCCCGCCUUGGUGCCGAAAUGGUACAUCAAUGUGAAGACCAACGUGAUCCAUGAGGUCAAAGAUGACAAGGUGUUCCGCUGCGGCCGCCAAUUGGGCCAGAUUUAUGUUGCAGUGCCUGCACUGACAGGUCUGAGAUGUGGCAAGUGUUUUGCACACUGCCUAUGA